GGAUGGGUGACCGAUCAGGGUUGAUGGCUGGAUGGAUUGGCGGAUUAGGGACUGUGCUUGGUCGCCUGCUCGACAUGGAUGGCAAGUUAAAGCGAGAAGAUAAGAGGGAAAGAGAUGUGACACAUGUCACACGGCGUGUUGAGAGCAACCCAUCCCAGCAGCGACCAGAUGGGCUAGAACAUUGUCGGCUGAGGAAAGCGAGUCUGCAAAGUGGGGGAAGUGGAGGACACCCCAGAGACCGUCUUCUUUCUACUGCUAACCUCCUGGUCGGAGGAAUGUUGCUGUCUGGAGAAGAGCGAGCUGAACAAGCUGAGGAUGGGCGGAUCCCUCCGAUCGGCCUAAUCCAUAGCUUAUUCCGGACAGGGCGAGUGACUGGCAGGGACCCUAACCCUAGUGCUCAAAGAGGGAAUCCCUGCAUGAGGAUGAAUAAAAUUGUGUCCGCCAUUUUAUGCAGAUCACGAACAGUCAGUCAGUCCCUUUGGUUUUGGUCAGAUGAGAUUCAAUGCAAUCUUGCGCCCGCUGCCUCGUCAUCUUCACAGCAGACAUGCUCGCAACAUCGCCGAAUCCCCGCAAAUGGAGACGCAUGGACUCCGGCAUCGGAGAGUCCGUUGGAGAAAUGAACACAGACUCACUGUGGACGUGCUUGAUUCACCCCCACCUUGAGAAGCGGAGAAUCACCGGCGAAGCAAAAACGGGGAUGAGUUCUUGGACCUUCCUGAUCGGGAUAGAAACGGAAACAAAUCCGGUCAAAAGGCAGGGAAGAUCAUCCGAUCACUGUUGAAUUGGCGACGGAGGAUGGUUUCGUCUG